GUUCGGUUCUUUACGUGGCCUUGAAUCCAACCGCGCGUUCUUCAGCUUCUCAUUUCCUUAGCCUCCUCAGUCCUCUCCAAUUCCAGUAUUCUUCUUCAUCUUCUUCCAAGGGAAAGCCAUGUGCCAUGACAAUGAAAACCGUCAAGAACAACAAGGGCAACAGCAGCAGCAACAUCAACAUCAACAUCAACACCAAGAGCCACGAACCUACCCUCGUCUCAAGAACCGUCCGAUGGGACGCCGAACUAACUCCAUCACAUGGUUGAUCGCCAUUUUCUGCACGAUAUUAUGGGUGAUCAUCAUCCUAGGUGGUCUAACCAUCCUCAUCGUGUACCUCGUCUUCCGGCCGCGGAGCCCACAAUUCGACAUCGCCAGCGCUACACUCAAUGCUGCCUACCUUGACAUGGGUUCCUUCCUCAAUGCCGAUCUCACCAUCCUCACCAACUUCUCCAACCCAAACAAGAAGGUCGACGUCUCCUUUGACUACUUAGUCAUCGACCUCUACCACGGCUACACGCUCAUUGCCACCACCUCCAUCGAUCCCUUUUCCGAGAGCAGGCGAGAGAGUGUGCUUCGAGAUGUCCACUUCAUCUCUAGUCAGGUUAGCCUCCCACCAGAAGACAGAAAACGGCUUCAAAGCGAGAUAGAGAGCAAUAUGGUCAUGUUCGACAUCAAGGGGUCAUUCCGAACAAAAUCCAAGUUUCGGAAUUUCUUGCAAUUCUCGUACUGGUUGCAUGGGCGAUGUAGUAUUGUGAUUGGCGGCCCGCCUACUGGGGUCCUAAGUUCAUGUAAAUGCAGGACAAAGCGAUGAAUAGUAAAA